UUGUCCUAAAUCUAUUUUAACGUAAACAUACAAACAACACCAUCCCGCGUAUUCGAGGCAACUGUUCCAAGUUGUAGAAUUUAAAUAUUGCUGUAUCAUCUGGGCAGGCUAGACAAUGGUUUACACAAAUGCUCAUCGACUGUUCUUACAAAUUUUGACAUCCAGACGUUACCUUCUGGGACAUGAAGUUCAAAGCACCUAUAAAAAAUGCUGUGCAAAGUUCCAUGUCACUGCUGACAACUUGCUAGAGUUUGUGAAGGAGAUCAAUGAAGAGCUGGGGCAAAUCAACCUGGUAAUAAGGAAGUCCAUUCAAGAGGAUUAUGAAUCUGACUCUCAGUGCUUUGUCCUGGUGAAUAUUUUUGAUAGUGAUGUUACAAGAAUGAACUCAACCUUUACAUCACAAGAGCUUGCCUUAUUUCGGAAAGUUAUAGAAGCAAUAGUGCAGUCGGAAGAUGGCUCUAUACUCAUAACGGAGGCUAUCAACAUGGCCUUCAAUUUAAAGCAAAAAAUGAAGAUUGGAGAAAGUGAAGCGCUCAUUGACCGCCUUGUGCAAGAUGGAUGGCUUUUGCAGCAUACAGAUCAGAAGAUUCUAUCUCUGAGUGCUCUGUCAACUGCAGAACUACAGACUUAUUUAGAAGAGCAGUAUGGAGACAUUAUCUUAAAAUGUUUUUUCUGCAAGUUGGUAUCCUUAAAGGGAUACAGUUGUACGGAAUGUGAUGUAAAAGUUCAUCGACAGUGUGGCAGUAAAUUUUGGAUUCGAAAUGGUAGCCAAAGUCCUUCCUGUCCUGAUCCAAAAUGUGCUGCAGAGUGGUCCCAUGUAGAGGUAAAUCUUCCCAGAAAAUGCAGUAAAACUCAGAAUUAGAGCUUAUAUAUUCUUCUGUGUUCAGUUAUGUGUUUUGUGCUAAUAUAGUUUACUGGAAUGGACCAAGUAUAAUUUUAUAUGUAC